AUGAAAAGACAUGCUCAAAUAAUUGCUUUGAAUCAUCAUCGUUGCUCGGAUGCCUCUCACCAUACUUAUUGUCAUGGCAUCAACACGGGAAAACCAACAUGUAGACUUUAUGGCAAUUCAUCAUCACAUUCAGAUCAUCAUCAUGACCACCUCAUCCAAAAUAAUCAAAUUGGGAAUGGUUUGUUGGAAACAAAUAAUAUACAUCGGAAACGAUCCUAUCAUACCAGUUUAACCAAUAUUACACGAAGACCAGCGUCCUCCUCAAGGCAAUCCACAAUGGAUGAAGGAUUAUCAACAUUUUCAUUCAAUGCCAAAACUUUUUCCGAAGGUUUAAGAAGAUACUUUGAACAGCCUUCUUCCAAUCCCAUUGAAGAAGAGCAAAUUGAGAAAAUAUCAGCCAUUCCAAGCGCUGCUGAGAAUCUAGUCAUGCAAUUAAACAUGUCUGAUGUGAUGAAAUAUCAACCUCAUCCGUUUUUCCUCACCAAAUUAAGAUCAUAUAUUGAAGAUGGAUUGGAGAAGGUGAACAAACAGCCAUCCGUUGGAGCCAAGAAUGCAGAUGCUUUUGCAUUCUUUGUAACGGGAGGAAAAGGCACUGGUCGAACAAGAAAUACCAUCGAAGCUGUGGAAAUGUGCGCACAAGAAUAUAGACACCAAUUUAAGAAAAUCAUGUACUUGUAUUUACCGUUUUUGAAUAUGUGUCCUUUAGAGGAGGAAGAGGAGAUGUUUGGGGCACAAGAGCUCUUAAAUUAUGAUCAAUCAAAAAAGUUGAUUACAGCCAGAAUGCUUUAUUCAUAUUUUACACAAGUGAUUGAAAAGCCUUUGGUUAUGCCAUAUCGACAUUUUCUGGAUCAUUGCUUUCACUUUAUUCCUGAAGAUAUUAGCUUGGCUACCGAAAUUAUUAGAUACGACUCUCGCUUGAAUAGUGACGAAGAAUUAUAUCUUUUCAUGAUUCUGGAUGAUUGUGACGAGUUGUUGCGAUACACCAUGCAGAAUUACACUCUAAAACCAUUUAGCUUUUUACUUCGAGUAUUUAACGAUCUACCUGCAAUAUUUAAGGACAGAACCAAUACAAUCUAUGCACCUAUCAUGAUUGGUACAAAUAUUGAAGGAAUGGUUAAUGAGUGGGUUCAUAAGCUAGGUCCCACUCGAUCCACCUAUGCAGGUAGUUCAUACCAAAAAAACGAAACUUUUACCACGUCACAAUUUCCGCUUCUCUCGAAAGAACAAGUAGAACAAAUAAUGGACAAUAUGUUUGAAAAGAAGGGCCACAUUGUCAUUGAAGAUGAAAAUGGAAAUGGCCAUUUUAUUGACAAGGCCAAUUGGAGAAAAUAUUUCUUAUUGUUCAUUGCGUCUGUACAUUAUUUGCAUAAGGAUUUUUGCAAUUUUCAAUAUGCUAUUGAAAGAACAAAAUAUGAGCUCAAGGCAAAUCAGUACAAUUUUACAGAAUUGGCUAGGAAAAAUACAGACAACCAAAUUGAAAAAAUUAUUGUGAGCACCAUUUCGGGUCGAGAAAUUCUCGAAGUGACAGGAAUGAAAACCUACGAAUUUUCACACUUUUCCACCUAUUUCAAUUCGGGAAUUGUUUUCCCCAUGAUUAAGAAGGAGGAUGAAACCAUAUUUUUCAACAAUUUUCACAAUCUGGAACGAGCGGUGCGUGUGCCAUUCAUUUUCUUAGAUGAGCUGAUCGAGCAAAUUCCUGAAGAGACCAAAAACAAACAAGUAUUUAGGUCGUUGUGUGUCUCGUUGAAAGAGCUGUUUGAUUUGAAUCUAUUAGACAAGAAUGGAAAGAUUGAGACAGUAGAGAAACAAAAGAGAGAGGCUUGGAAAGUUCUUGCAAAAGCCAUUGAGAGCUUGAAAAUUUCAGAGAUUGAUUCGCCUUAUAUUCGUGAUUUACUUUCGUGGCAAACCGAAAGAUAG